UUCGACAUUAGAACUCAAAUCCUACUCUGCAUGUUAUGGCAUAUUGUAUGAAAACAUUCUCCAACCAUCAUGUGCGACAGAAGAGAAAAUGGCCGUCGUUGGUCUUUAUGCAUUGGCAAAGGAACUGAGUACACAAUGUCCUAUAGAGAUAAGAACUCCGAAUGCUGCACCAGACUCAUGCUGUCAGUACAACUUGAUCGACUGCUCUAUACGCUACGAAAACUCCAUAUACAGAAACUAUUAUCAGCAAUGUAACGGGAAAACAGGGUGCAGGAUACAAGUAUCGUGGGUAGUUACUACUUGUAAUCAGACUGUUUAUCUGGACAGGACCAACUAUAUGAAGAUGGAUUACUACUGUGUUUCUGAUCAAGCUCUAGAUCCUUGUUCAAGUUUUAACACAAGAGACAACAGAGUUUUUCUCUGGAACCCUGGAUAUCCAUCGACCCCUCUUACAGGAUCCUCAACAUGCACAUGCUCAGUUGAAGCUUCAUGUAACACUACUGUAAGAUUAACAGCAAUAGAUCUUAGAUUUCGUAGCAGUACAACUUGUAACCAAAGUAUAACAAUAACAGACGGAAAUACAUCAACAAUGUUUGAUUGUAGUGAUAAUAAUGAUAACCUACCCACAACACUGUAUGACAGUAUGUCUCACUUCAUACAGAUACAGAUUGCUGAUAACUUAGGUUCAGCAGAUGGAUAUUUUUUCCUCUUACUUGAAGGAACUUCGUUUGGUGCAGAAUUAACAUUAUCUUGUGCCAGUACAGCCCAAGCUACACCUACUGUACCCUCCGCUAGUUUGCUUGAUUGCCCAAGUCCCGAUAUCACAACAGAAAUCAAAACAACACAAGCUGCCACCACUACACCUUACAUUAGUUCAGAAGCUCCAACUUCAUCUUUUCAAAGUACAAAUAUAGAAUCAAUGACAACUCCUACUGUUGUCACAACAGAAAGCACAACAACACCACCUGUCACUUCUACAGAAACUUACAUUAGUUCAAAAGCUCAUAUUCCAUCUAUGCAAAGCGCCAAUGUAGAAUCAAUGACAAUUCCAACUGUUGUUGCUACAACCAACUCAACACCUUCUGUCAUUAAAGAUGUAUAUACGACUAGCGAUAUACCACAUACUAUUGGUACCAACACAGACCUUACGAUUACUAUGAAAAGUGAAGUAACACUAACAAAAACCAAUGAAGUAAAAGCAACUGCAAAAACAAUUACAGAAUUAAAUUCAACAACAAAUAAUGAAAUCACAAUACCAAGUGGCAACACAACAAAAAGGUCAACAGCUGGGAUGUCAAAUUCAACAGAAAUAAACAAUUCACAAACUACUACGGCAGCAGUGACUUAUACAUCAACAGAACCAGUCUUUGUUUCUCUUGGAUGGACAUCAACACUACAAAACAUCACUGUAACAAGAACUUUUACUCCAAUAUCCUCAGACAGUGAUAAUUCUCAAAAGACACCUUCAACUGUAAUUGAGCAAACAACAUUCACAAAUGCAACAGUUUCAGUUGACACAUCUUCGCCAAAUAGAAUCCGUCCUUUGAUCAUUGGAUUUUCCGUUGCAGUAAUUAUGAUAUGUAUCUUGGUUAUGUUGUUUGUCCUCUAUAGAUAUAAAAGAAAAGGAAAGUGUUGUAAGUUUUCUAGAAGAACCAAUGAAGACAGUUGUAGAGUAUACCAAAUGACGACAAUUUAAACAUUAAAAUGAACCUAAACCUCUUCAAAUAGCGCCAUUAAUGCGCUACUUAUUAGUCUCCAACAUCAACAAACUUGUAUGAGUAGAACCAUACAAAGAACAUUGAAAAUUCAGAAAACAAUUCUUGAUUGGAUAAUACUGAAAAAUUUAAGCUACAACAUCAAGGAGCAUGUUGAUAAAGAUACAAAACACCAGAAGAAGAGGAAGCAAAAGAAAUGAUCAAAGACAAUGACGGAGAGUGAACUGGAAGCCAAAGCCAAUAUUUUCAAACUAUAGGUAAAUCGAGGCAAUGUAUCAAUUCUUUUAGAUUAUAUAUAUUUAAAAAAAAGCACUUUAUUUCAAAUUUUUAAUAAAUUUCAAUAAAAAAUUUCAAUAUUUCAAUAUCAAAAUAUGAUGCUUAACGUUUAUGUGUUUGACUUUGACUUUUAGAAUUUAUUCAUUGUGUUGAUUUUGAAUCCAAUGAUCAUUUGUCUUAGAGAAAAAUGUCCAAACCAGUUACUUAAAAUAUGUUUAAAAGGAGAUGUGGAAUCUACAAAUAUCCAAAUCAAGAUAAUAAAAAAAGCAAGUCUCCAUUUCAAUGUUGUUGUUCUAUUAAUUAUUUCGACUUCAUCUAAAUUUUCACCUAUUUUUAUGCGCAAAUUCUGUUAAUAGACACAUGAAAUAAAUAAUUUUCAUAGAUUUUCUGGUGUAAUAUAAAAUUCGUAAAGAGUUCCGUGGAAGCCUGUGUCUCGCCUGGGAUUCCUUUAAAAGUGUAAAAGUGUAAUGUUGACUAUAAAAAGUUAUCUAUUGAUCAGUGAAAUACAGAUUUAAGAAUAAUAAACUUUAUCUUGAAGAUAAGCUUAUUUCCAAGUUUCAUAACAUGAAGGUUUACAAAUUUAUCAUGUAAAAACAGAGCGUCUGUUAAUUAUCAAAAAAAUAAGUCAGUAAAAUACUGAAAAAUAAAAAAAAAAAUGUUUUUUUUUAAAUUAUCUCUUUUAAAAUCAUUAAAAAGCUUCUGCCAAAUGUUCAUAAAAUUCCAUGAAAGUUUGACAAAGUAAUUGAUGUGUAAAAAACUUUAACCUCAAAAUGUAUCUACUUAUCAACUACAAAACAACAAAGUCCUUUUAUUAGUAAAAUACGGAAAAUAAAAAAAUAUAUAUUUUCAUUAUGCUCUGGAUACUGACUUUUGAUCAUAAAAAGUUUGUGUCCAACUUAGGUAAAAUUUCAUGAAGGUUUGCCAAAGUAAUUGAUGUCUGAAAAAAACUUUAACCUUUUACGGCAUCUAAAUAUUAACUGUAAACAAAAACUAAGUCCAUUUAGUUGACCGUGCGAGACCCUCAUUGGUAGUCAAGGUCGUUAAACACCCCCUAGUAGUAAAAUAUCGUUGCCAUAACACUAGUGGUUCCCCAUAAACAAACUUAUCACAAACUAAUGCAUGUAAACCAAGCAAAAAUUUCAAAGUCAAUAGACCAUGACUGAGGGGGCGGGGCUAAAUAAUCUUCAUGGAAAUGAGAUGUCCUAAUGCUAAUACAACUGCAUACCAAAUAUUAUUUGCCUACCACUAGUGGUUCCUCAUAAAGUGACCUAAUUACAAACUAAUACAUUGUUGACGCCGCCGCCGACAACGACGCAAGAAACAACAUACCUAUGUCUCACUUUUUGACUCCGUCAAGGCGAGACAAAAAUCAAAAGAAGUAUUCAUAAAAUUUUGCUCUGAAUACUGUCUUAAAUUUGGUCAUAAAAGCUUCUGUCCAACUUCCGUAAAAAUUCCAUGAAUGUCUGACAAAGUUAUGAUUAAAUCAAAAAUAACUUUAACAACUGACUGAACCUAAAUGUUGACGACGCCGACGGAAUCUAGGAACGCUAAGCCACGGUCUCGUUUUCGCAACAUAAAUGUCGCAGGCUCGUCAUAAAUGCAAACCACAUAUCGAAUGAAUUGCUUUAAACAAUAGGAUACUGAGUAGAAUUCACAGUAGAUUCAGAAUUUGACAGAAAAUGAACAAAUAUGUAAAUGAUACCAUUCCAUUAAAAAGUUAAUUUCGUGAUUUUUAAAGUUUAUUAUUGAAGAAAGAAUAACAAGGCUCGUGUGGUUUAAGCUUUUUUUUUUAUUUGUUUAGAUUAAAUAAUUUUUUCUCCUAAAUUCAUGUGUACGCACGGGCGUUUUGACGUAAACGUAGCUAUGUGCCUGUACAUUCAACAAAUUGUGAAAUAGAGGUAUAUGUAUAAAACAUCCAAUAAAAUGAAUUAAUUCAUUUUUUGCGAUUUUUUUAAAUUCUGUACAUAAAAUUUUCAUCAGAACUAUUAUUACUGUGAAUCAAUGCUGCAAGUAUUAAACUCAGAAUGCUUUUGUUUUAUAUUAGUAGUUUAAUCUUGUCAAUUUUAAUGUAAUUUUUCGAAAAAACAUAUAUGUUCAUCUUACUUUUUAUACAAGUUACAACCCUACGCAUUUUCUUUUUGUAUUUUGUAGAAUAUGUGUUAACAUACACACAAAGAGGCGGAUAACACAUAAAUGAGCAUCAAAAAUACAAAUUCUAAGAGGUACAAACAAAAUCAUGUUGACCCUCUCCCACCUCCAAUAAAAGAACGAAAAA